AAUAUAGGAUCCAUUUAGUGGAGAUCUUCUAUACAAGAUCAUUCUCCUGAUUGACCCGACAAGGAUGGACAGGGACAAGAUGGCAGAGAGUAUAAUAAAUCUCACCCUAGAGAUCCUCUUCCGGCUUACUGGAGAGGACUACACAGUAGUGAAGAAGACCUCUAGUGAGCGCUGUCAGGACCCUGUGUCUGAAGAUUGGGGAAGAACCCAGAGCCCAAUCAUGGGACCUCCACCUCACCCCCUGAUACAUGAGGAAAUCAAUAGAGAGAAGAUCCUAGAACUCACCAACAAGAUGAUUGAGCUGCUGACUGGAGAGGUUCCUAUAAGGUGUCAGGAUGUCACCGUCUAUUUC